AUGGCUUUUACAGGGAUAGCAGCUACUCUUCUCCCAAAUCGAAAAACGGUACAUAAAACCUUAGGAUUGCCAGUUCCUUUAUUUUCUGAUUCUACGUCGAGUAUUAAAGUUCAAUCAAAAGAAGGUCAGUAUUUGAAAAAUGUUGAUAUAUUUAUAUUGGACGAAGCACCUAUGGCUCCACGAUUUGCUUUAGAAGUUAUGGAUCGAACUUUGCGCGACAUAAUGAAAAAUGAUAUAGCAUUUGGUGGAAAAAUUGUUGUUUUAGGCGGCAAUUUUAGGCAACUUUUGCCCAUCAAGGAGAAUGAAACUAAAACUGAAAUCAUUAAUUUGAAUGGCACUUUGAAUGACGCAAAUGACAAUGUAAAAAUUCCAAAACAAAUUAUUGCAAAUGUGAAUUCAGAUAUAGUUAAUGACAUUUAUGGUAAAUUAAUUAGAGAUAAGAAAUUUGAUGAAAUUUCUGAAUGUGCAAUAUUAUCUGCAAGAAAUGCUGAUGUCAAUGAACUUAAUGAGAGAGUCGUCCAACUGUUAGACACUACAACUGAAAGAAUUUACACAAGUAUCGAUACAGUUGAAAAUAAUGACAGCAAUAGUUUUAACGAAAUUAUUUUACCAGAAUAUUUAAACAGUUUAUCGCCUCCAAGUCUUCUUCUUCAUGAAUUGCGAUUACGAGUUAAUAGCAUAAUUAUGCUUAUUAGAAAUUUGAGAAUUAAUAAAGGUUUGUGCAAUGGCACAAGAUUGCUUGUUUUAGAACUUACAGAUAAUUUAUUGCGAUGCAAAAUUUUAACAGGUGAUAAAUUUGGAGACAUUGUGUUUAUAAAUCGAAUUACUCUUUACUGUGAAAAUGUUAAUCCAUUUACGUUUAAACGAAGACAAUUCCCUGUUAAAUUAGCCUUUGCAAUGACGAUAAAUAAGUCGCAAGGGCAAACAUUUACGAAUAUUGGUAUAGAUUUGCGCAAAGAUGUUUUUAAUCGUGGCCAAUUAUACGUCGCAUGUUCACGUGUUCGAAAAUGA